ACAGCACACACAUCUGGAAAUAAUUGAGCAGAGAGAGAGAGAGGGUAGGACAGAGAAAGACACAAUUCUGUUUGCAAAAGAGAACAAAAUGAAGGGUAAAACUUCCAUAAAUUCAAUAUAAAGUUCAGAAUCAGGGAAAAAGACAAGUUUAUUGGGGAAAGCGGCAGAUACAGUCUACCAGUGAAGAACAAUAAAGAGGAAGAAAAGAAAGGAAAGCUGGUUGAAAAGCGUGGCUGGUUCAGGGACCAAUCCAAAGGCGAUCUGAAAAGGAAAACUAAGUAAAGACAAGAGGAUGUCAGUGUCGCGGAGGUGUUUGUGCUGUGUCAAAUAUUUGAUGUUUGUCUUUAACCUCAUCUUCUGGCUAGGAGGAUGCGGCUUGUUUGGCGUUGGAGUCUGGCUGUCCUUCACGCAGGCAGAGUUUUCCUCUCUUCCCCUGUCCUUUCCGUCCCUCUCCGCUGCUAAUCUGCUGCUAGUCGCUGGUGGCAUUACCAUGGUGACUGGCUUCCUGGGUUGUCUUGGAGCCCUUAAGGAGCAGCGCUGCCUGUUGUUCAUGUUCUUUGUGAUCCUUUUGCUCCUGGUCCUGACAGAGGUGACUCUAAUGUUGGUUAUACACAUCUUCCGUGACAAGCUGGAUUCCAAAGCACAAGGCGAACUAAAGGAAGGUAUGAAGAUUUAUAAAUCAGAACCUGGGCUGAAAAAAUCCUGGGACAAUGUCCAGAAAAUGUUCAAAUGCUGUGGAGUAACUAACAAAACAGACUGGUAUGAUGUGCUGAAUGGAACGCUGCCCUUAUCCUGCUGCUCUGUUGGGACAGACCAGUGUGUUGACGGAUGGAGUGAGCCUUGUUAUCAGAAGGCCAGGCAGUGGCUGCUGGAUAACAUCCCCUCAGUCCUGGUGUUUGGAGUGUUUAUUGGUGUUGUGCAGAUCUUGGCCCUGGUGUUCUCCAUGCUGAUGUACUGUCAGAUUCUGUGCGCUGAGAAGCACUUGGACUGACUGCAGACCAGCUGUUCACUGGCCCAUGAUGGAAAGGCUUAUCAUAAACUCCUCUGGGAUCCCAGUAUACCCCCCAAACUGAUCCGAAUUUUCAAAACCUUCAAUCCAGACUGCGGUGCUGCAGUGCUUACUUUGUAUUGAGACCUGAAAUGGUUGCCUUUCAAAGGCCCUGAGGUAUUGGGCUACAAAUUCCCCUUAAGAUUCCCCAAAAAACUGACACCUGUGGUGCGGACAAAGCCAGUAGUAACAGACUGAGGAGGUUGGUUGUCCUUGUACCAGACAUAUAAAUAUAUAUAACAUAAUCCAUCAAUCUCCAUGCAAAACAAUGAAUGCAUUACUCCUGCAGAGUAACCUGAGGGGAGACUGGGUCCAAUGUCGUCUUAAAAUUCAAGAAAAAACACACACAUCUGUCUCUGUUUCUGUUUUCUUUUCUUUACAGUACUUUGAUUCUUUUAGAAUUUUUUUCUCAGAUAUGAAAUAAUAGAGUGGAAUUUGUUAUAAAUUAUGUUAUAAAUUAUGCAUUCUGUUACUCAGUAGGACUGCAAGAAAAAUGUAACUUUACUCACCACUCAUAAUUUCAUUAUUUGGAUUUCAUUAUUCAUCUAGGAUGCCAAGAAGAGAAGAGAGGACCCUUAACUUUAUAACCUGCUGGUUCAGUUUGGUCAAGCACUAUAAUGGUGGGACAUGCUUUUGACAAGUAGGCCCAUGUAAAUAAUUAAAAAAAAUGAAUUAAAAAAAUUGCAGAAAUAAGACAAUAUUUUCACGUAGCACACAUCAUUUCAAGCCUUGUAUAUUAUUCCUAUACUAUUUGAAUGUGUCUGGUUCAGUGACUUUACAGUGCUCUUAUUUCAAUCUAUUUCAUCUAAUAAUCACUGCAAUAAAAAUAUUCUUAUUGUAA